AUGCAAUUUGUAAAUGGAAUAUUUGAUGGGCUUACAAAGCCUACAAUUGGGGCUUCUUUUGUUUCUAAAUCAAUCGAAAUCGAUAACUCAUUGCUAAAUAUAUCUGUUUGGGAUACUGCAGGUCAAGAGCUUUACAGAGGUUUAACCCCUAUGUAUUACAGAAAUGCUGCCGUUGCUAUUGUAGUUUUUGAUGUUACAAACAAAGAUAGUUUUGAACAAGUUUCUGGAUGGGUUUCUGAACUACAUGAAAAUACUUCUAAUGCAAUAGUUUGCAUCUGUGGGAAUAAAAUAGAUUUGGAAAACAGAAUAAUUUCAACUGAGAGCGCAAAAGAACUUGCCAAUAAUUUAAACCUCAGCUACUAUGAGACCAGUGCUGCAACAGGUGAGGGCGUUGAUAAAAUGUUUUUAGAGCUUUCUCUUCAAAUUUUAUCAAAUAAUAAAGAAUUGGCUCAUCCGAUGCAUGAAGAAUCAACAGUUCAGCUGAGCGAAGAUACUCACAAGUCUAAGGAAGGUUGUUGUUGA